AUGUUCAGGAAAGAAUGGGUGGGAUAUACAAUAUUCCCCAAAAAGACCUACAUGAAGCCUUCGACUACACUUUUUGACGAUUAUGAGACCUUUCCCAUCAGUGGUAUUGAGGCUCGGGUCACCCACUUACCCGGCCACACACCCGACCAUAUCGGGUAUAUUAUCGGGUCAUAUGUGUUUACUGGCGACUCAAUGUUCAACCCUGACGUCGGAUCUGCUCGAUGCGAUUUCCCCGGGGACUCAGCCACGGAACUGUACAACGCAAUGCUGAAAUUACUGAAUUUUCCAGCUCAUUGCAAGUUAUAUACUGGUCACGACUAUCCGACUGAGAGGCGACAAGCAUCAGUAGGAGGACAUGGCACCAAAGCUUUUCCAUUCACCACUGUGAAGACCCAGAGCGAAGAGAACAAAAACGUCAAAUCUGGUAUUAAAAAGGAAGAAUUUGUAAAAUGGAGGUUGGACAGAGACAGGGGCCUUGCAGAGCCAAAGUUGUUACAACAAUCUAUGCAAGUGAACGUCAGAGGUGGUAGGCUACCUAGGGAUUCAGAUUCGUGA